AUGAGGUUCUUUUGGUCUCUCGCUCUUCUCGCCGCUGCGGCUUCUGCUCAGUCCGUCACCGACUCAGACGCUGCUUCUCCUUCAGCCUCUGGCGGUUGUGAUGCCGAGUACAUUGUAAAGAGAUGUCUCGAGACCGAGAACGCAAAGGUUGAGGCCUGCGAGCCCAACGACUGGGACUGCUUCUGUGCCGCGUACGAGGCUGUUGCUACCUGCUUCAACAACUGCCCCGACGACACUCGUGCCGGCUCUGCCAAGGGUCAGGUCCAGAUCAACUGCCAGAACGCCUCUCUCUACGGAACCGCCACAAAGGCAAAGGCCACAAAGACCGCUUCUGCUACAACCACAGCUGAUGCCACCGCCACCGAGUCCGAUGCUGCUGAUGAGACAAGCACAGCUACUGAUUCUGCUGCCGUCGCCCAGAACACAAACAACGCUGCCGAAAAGGCCCGCAACACUGCUGGUGUCCUCCUCGCCGUUGCUGGUGUUGUUGCUGCUAUUCUGUAA